AGUUCCUCCUCCGCUCCGCCGGGUGUCAGUACACAUUGUCCGUGUGCGUCUGUGAUUGAACAGUGAAGAACGCACAGACUUCACCGGGCUCAGUUAGGAAACGUGGCCUUAAAGCGAAUCGAGUCCAUCUCAAUGAGAAGCACACUCAGUUGACACUCUCAGCACAUUUAUUUCUAAGGGUCACCGUAUCUGAGUUAAACAUGGCUGAUGUGGAGCAGACCGCAUCGGUGCCGGACGGAACCAGCAACGGUUCGGACGCGGUGAACGGGACCGCGGCUCGGUUCGUGUCCAGCGCCGAGGGCACAGCUCUGGCGUACGGCAGUCUGCUGCUCAUGGCCCUGCUGCCCAUCUUCUUCGGAGCGCUGCGGUCGGUGGGCUGCUCCAAAAGCAAGAGUCCCUCAGAUAUGCCUGAGACCAUCACGAGCAGAGACGCCGCUCGCUUCCCCAUCAUCGCCAGCUGCACUCUCUUCGGCUUGUAUCUCUUCUUCAAGAUUUUCUCUCAAGAGUACAUUAACCUGCUGCUCUCCAUGUAUUUCUUCGUGCUGGGAAUAUUAGCGCUGUCUCACACAAUGAGUCCCUUCAUGUACAGAGUUUUCCCUGCUAACCUGCCAAAUAAGCAGUACCAGCUGCUGUUCACCCAGGGCUCAGGAGACAGCAAAGAGGAGAUCGUCAACUACGAGUUUGACACGAAGGAUCUGAUCUGCCUCUGCGUCAGCAGUGUGGUCGGCGUCUGGUACGUCCUCAAGAAGCACUGGGUCGCCAAUAACCUGUUCGGUUUGGCUUUCGCCCUGAACGGAGUCGAGCUGCUCCACCUCAAUAACGUCAGCACUGGCUGCAUCCUGCUGGGAGGACUGUUCGUCUACGACGUGUUCUGGGUUUUUGGCACCAAUGUCAUGGUGACAGUUGCCAAGUCCUUCGAAGCCCCAAUUAAGUUGGUUUUCCCACAAGAUUUGCUGGAAAAAGGUUUGGAUGCCAGUAACUUUGCCAUGCUGGGACUAGGGGACAUUGUCAUUCCGGGAAUCUUCAUCGCUCUGCUCCUGCGCUUUGACGUCAGUUUGAAGAAGAACACACGGACUUACUUCUACACCAGCUUCCUGGCUUACAUCUUCGGCCUGGGUUUAACCAUAUUCGUCAUGCACACCUUUAAACAUGCCCAGCCUGCUUUGCUGUACCUGGUCCCUGCUUGUGUUGGAUUCCCAGUGCUGGUGGCUCUGUUGAAGGGAGAACUGACUGAGAUGUUCAGCUAUGAGUCGUCAGAUGAAGUUUUGCCCCACACCCCGCGGCUCACUCAUUUCCCCACUGUGUCGGGCUCCCCGGCGAGUCUGGCUAACUCCAUGCAGAAUUUCGGGCCGUCGUCCCCCCGCCGCCGCCGACACACACCCUCCGACAUGUAACGACUGCAUUCUUCUUUUCCAUUACUGUCCUCUCCUGCCAGGUACGAAGAGUCUUCACCAGAGGAUGCGUCAUCGAAAGAGGAAAUAACAGAAUCUGAUAAAGACAAAUAAAAGUGCAAAACGAGCCCUCAUUCAUGUUCAGCAUUUGUUCAUCAUAGUGACGUGGUCGUGCAGCGGACGCUCGUGUUCGGAGUCGCUCACGGCAGUGACGUGAUCUGUACUUCUGAACUCUUUUAUUGACAUACAGCAGCUUUCCCAGUGCCUGUGUUUUCUCCAUGUUUCUUUGUUCAUUUCAUUGCCUUCAGCCUUCAUGUUCGAAUUCAUGCUUGAUUAUUUGCUUUCAAAUGGUUUUAGUUAUUAUACAGUAUUUGAAUAGGGUAGAAGUUUGGCUUUCUGCAUGUAAUGUCAGAUUACUAUGCAGAUUUAUUAAACGUCUGAUCAUGUCACACAAGUCUGGUACCUAUUCCUGUGUAGCUGGUUUCUGUUUUUGGUUUUACUCUAGGAUCUUAUAAGGGAUUCAGUUUGUGAAACUCAAGUAAUUUCCAACUUUUGUUAAAUGUUAAGAAAAAGGCAUUCUGGAUUCAAUAUUUUUACUUUAUGCAAGUGUAAACAAAAGUGGGACCAAAUAUCUCCCUAGGAAGUGAAAGUGUUUUUAUGUUCUGACCGUUUUUUUCUGAAUGUAGUUUUGAGGGUUUUGAGUUUAGUUUUCUAUGUCAUAUUGUGUCCCAGUCAUGUGUUUUACAUCUGAAGCUCAGCUCGGUCACCAUCAUUUUACAGUUUCCUCUUGUGUAAUCUUUCUUUUCUCAGUGUAAAAUUGUAAAAGUUUAAGCUUAUGUGAGGAGCAUUUUUUCCUCAAUAUAACUCUUUAUUUGCAUUAAACUGUGGUGUUUACCACUGUAGAAAAGCA